UCCUCCUCCUCCUCUCCUGCCUGCCUCUGUACUUCCACUCUUCUGAUCUCGUCUCCCCAUUCGCUCCGAGCCGCAGACGCUCCUCCAGCUCCGCGCAGCGCGCCGUGCGAACAUGGUCGGCGGCUCCUGUGCUCGCAGGCUGGCCCGCCGCUCCCGGUCCGCCCUGAUCGCAGCCCUCACGGUCCUGCUGGUGCAGACCCUCAUUGUGUGGAACUUCAGCACCCUCGACUCCGGCGAAGAGGGAGAAAACGCAGGCUCCAGCGUGCGGGAGAAGAGGGAGCGGGUCGCUGGCAGACGAGCCGCCGGCAGCGACUAUUUCCAGCGCGGAGUCCAGCAGCGGCAGCAGCAUCUUCCUCCAGCUGGGAGGGGGGCGGCUCGCCUCAUACAGCAGCCGGAUGGAUAUUACUCCCAUCGGCCAAAGGAGAAAAGUAGAGUUGACAGCAACAAUGAGAACUCAGUGCCCAAAGACUUUGAAACUAUAGAUAAUAGCAACUUUGGUGCCCGUUCACACCGGCAAUCCAUAAGGGCCACCAGCAGUAAGCAGCGAGAACGUCUUCAGGGGAAGGCACACGUCCAGCAGCAAGCCUGGCAUGACAGCUCCCCUAGACUGGGCCGCAGUUCCAAUGAGAUUUUGUCCAUAGUUCACCAGUCACUGGAAAUGGGUAACAAUGCCUCCUAUCCUGAUGGCAAUGGCAUUAUUGGAGGUCUGCAGCAGCACACUCGUGCCUCUCUGGCCCAACCUGCCCAGUCUCAGCACAGGCACCAGCAUCCACACAGGAAGCAGGCAACUACAGCGACACUGGAGGUGACGUACGAUCAGCCACCAAAGUGUGAGAUUAGCGGCAAGGAAGCCAUUUCUGCCCUGUCUAGAGCCAAGACCAAGGAGUGUAGACAACAGAUUGCUGAGGUCUACUGUAGACACAAGGAGGGCCAGCUGAUGCCUGAUGCAGUAACUCGUUACUGCCCCAUUGAAGGUAAAGCCAACGUGAACAUUCAGUGGGAUGAAGACUCUGUGGAGAGCUUUCCACUGAAACCAGUGAGAAUAGCGUUUGUUCUGGUGAUUCAUGGACGAGCUUCACGCCAAUUCCAGCGUCUAUUUAAAGCCAUUUACCACACCUCCCAUUUCUACUACAUCCAUGUCGACCAGCGCUCCAACUAUUUGCACAGGCAGGUGCUGGCCUUGACUUCCCAAUAUUCAAAUGUGAGGGUGACGCCUUGGCGCAUGUCCACCAUCUGGGGAGGGGCCAGUUUGCUGACCAUGUAUUUGCGCAGCAUGGCUGACCUCCUGGCCAUGAGGGACUGGAGUUGGGACUUCUUCAUCAAUCUCAGCGCUGCCGACUACCCUAUCAGGAACAAUAACCAGCUGGUGGCCUUCCUGUCCAAAUACAGAGACCUGAAUUUUAUUAAAUCCCAUGGCAGGGACAAUGCAAGGUUCAUUCGUAAGCAGGGGCUGGAUCGACUCUUCUACGAGUGUGACACUCACAUGUGGAGGCUGGGUGACCGAAAAAUCCCAGAUGGCAUCUCCGUGGACGGUGGAUCUGACUGGUUCCUCCUCAACCGCAUGUUUGUAGAAUACGUGAUUAACUCCAAGGAUGAUCUUGUCACCAACAUGAAGCAAUUCUACACCUACACUCUGCUGCCUGCUGAGUCAUUCUUCCACACUGUGCUGGAGAACAGCGGCCACUGUGAGAGUAUGGUGGAUAACAACCUGCGCAUUACAAACUGGAAUCGUAAACUCGGCUGCAAGUGUCAGUACAAGCACAUUGUGGACUGGUGUGGAUGCUCUCCCAAUGACUUCAAGCCAUCGGAUUUUCACCGCUUCCAGCAAACAGUGCGGCCCACCUUCUUUGCCAGAAAGUUUGAAGCCAGCGUGAACCAGGAGAUAGUGAACCAGCUGGAUACCUACCUGUUUGGACCAUUUCCUCAGGGAACACCGGGUCUCAAUUCCUACUGGGAUAAUGUUUAUGACGAGCCAGAUGGCGUUGCCAGCCUGUCGGACACCCUGCUCACGUACUACCACUCCUUCACUCGGAUGGGCCUGGUGAGGGCUGCGGCCUCCCUCCAGGGGAACCCUAAUGAUCACAGCUGCAGGUACUUCCCAAUGGGCCACCCUGUGUCAGUGCAUCUCUACUUCCACUUAGACCAGUUCCAGGGCUACCUGGUCAAGCACCAUGCCACUAACCUGGCUACAAGUAAGCUGGAAACCCUGGAGACCUGGGUGGCACCCAAGAAGAACUUUGAGCUGACCAUGCCUCCAGGCAGCACAUUUAGCCGGCUGCAGUUUGCUGAGAUCGGCACAGAGUGGGACGCUAAAGAACGCAUGUUCAGAAAUAUUGGUGGCCUUAUGGGUCCUAUGGAUGAGACAGUGGGCAUGCAGAAGUGGAACAAAGGGCCAAACAUCACAGUUACUGUGGUCUGGAUCGACCCAACUAAUGUUAUCGCAGCCACCUACGACAUCCUGAUCGACUCGAGUGCAGAGUUUACCCACUAUCAUCCACCACUCAACCAGCCGCUGCGUCCUGGAGUCUGGAACAUCCGGAUUCUCCAUAACUGGAGUCCUGUUGCUGAGAUUCGUUUCCUUAUCAUUCCACUGGCUUAUAACAAGCACCAGCCUAUAAGACAAGAGGACACACUAAGGCUCCACAAUGGGCCAACGAAGAACAGCUACAUGGAGCAGAGCUUCCACGGCCUGAACCCGGUGCUCAACAUCCCUGUCAGCCUGGCGUAUGUGGAGCAAGCCAAGAGGAACGCAGCCCUUACUGGCCAGGAGCUUGAAGGCUGGGUGGAUGGCCUUGUUGGAGAGCUAUGGGAGGCUGCUGACAUCUGUGCUGUUGGCCUCACUGCCUGCCCCGUCAUGCAGCCCUGCGCUAAAAGCCCUUGGAGCUCCAUGAGCCCAGAUCCCAAAUCCCACUUGGGAACUCCGCGCAGCGACGGCCGGAUAAGGUAGCAACAAGGCCUCCAGCUGGACAGGAGGCCAUGACACAGUUUACUUUUAUUUAUUUGAGGCGCUUAUCCCAAGAGAGGGAGAGGAGAAAGCCAAUCUUCUGCCCCAGUGACAGGAAGCAAAUGAAAAAAGGUGGACUCCUUUUGCGUGCUGUGGGAAGGCUUUCUCAAAUGCAAGGGGAAGCAUUUCUCUAAACCUCCAAUAGAGUUUAUUCCUCUUGGGGUUUUGCUGGCUUUGCUGUUUCACUUUCUCAGUGUAUUUAUUUUUCCUUUCAUGGCUGAGGUUUACUGUGAUCAAAUGUUGCAACUUUGGAGCUUUUUAAUGUGCAGCCUUUUAAACUGCGACGCCCUGCCUUAGGGCAGUUUGGCCAAGUGAGUCUGGAUUGUCGACGCUGCUGCAACAAGGCCUUAGUUGGAGAACAUUCACCGGUAGGUAGCUAAGCACUGAGAUUAACCCAGCUCCUAAAACCUUAUAAACAAUAUAAAAAGUCAUAACAUCCCCCUAAAUAUAUUUAAAAGAGAUUUUGUAACACCUCAAAAUCAAUUACUUAAUUAAUAAAAUUAGGCAACAAAUUCUGUCUUUGUAAUUUCAUCACCCUUCAUAUCUACAGGCACCCAUGGUAAGA